GUUCGAGCAAAGGUGGAUAGACAAUGGAACAAGUGGACCACGAUCCCGAGAAGGCCAUGGAAUCUUCUCGAAAGAGUCUGUUCCAUCAAUCCACCGAACUUUUUUGUGGACAACAUCGGCAAUCGCGAAUUUAUGCGUGAAGUAGACAUUUCUAGUGCUAAUGCACAACUUUCACCUACAGUAUGGCGGUAUCUGGUUGUGGUAGAUAGCCGGCAGUCAGAUUACUCUUCGAUAGAUAUCACCAAAUUAGCGGAUAAGCCCACAUCGGAUUAUGAUAACACUCCUUACUAUAUCACUGCUUCUUUGACGCCAGAGCAGGUCCAUCAAAAUAUUGACUUCCGGUUAGGUGACGGCCAAGUUCAUGGCGGAUACCUCAACUAUCCGCUCAAAGAAAGUCAAGUUGACCCCAGAUGGACUCUGGUCCCUAUGACACAGCUAGAAAACGAAAUAAUGGAACCACGUUUGAAGACCUGCGGUUUCACUGAAGAAGGAAAUUUCGAGUGCGACAUGCCGCUAAGUGAAUUUAUCUCUUAUAUUCCGGUUUGGAUCAAAACCGCCUUGCUGCUGUGCUUCUCUGCAAUCAUCUUCUGCUUUUGCAUAAUGCUAGCAUGUGGAUUGCGACGAUUUUGCGGUGAGCAAAUUUUUUUAUGGCUUUCAAGAGAAUAUUGCAUUUGUAUAGAAUUUUUUAAUGACAAAAAUAAUGUUAUGGAACUUUUGCGCAGCGAAAAAAUCCUGAAUAAUCAGCUUUGUUCAGAUAAUCCUAAUCAGACCAAGGAGGCUUCAAUAAUGUAUUAUCAUAACGACUCACCCAACACAAUUUCUACAACAAGGGAGUACAGAAAAGUGGAAAGGCGCGAAUUUAGCGCUGCAGAUCGGGAAGCUCGGAUGAAGUUUAUGGAAGAGGACCAUUGUGACUGUCAUACAGUAUGA